AGACGCACACCUGCUUCAGGGACGAGGGUCUCCCGUGGUCUUGGUGGUGGCCCCCGGGCUUCCCUGUGCUCUGUGCGUGGUGGAGCCCUCCUUCUUCGGUAGUCUCGCUCAGGUUAACCUGGGCCCUCAAGAUUGUUGUUUACCUCAGCCCUUCUAUCCUUGCCCCUCGAAGUUUUGGGUUGUUGUAGACAGGGGAACAGAGUGAGUUGUGAUGGGCGUCCAAAAACUGUAACUCCACUAGUUAUCCGUUCAACAAAAGCACACUGCAUUGGGGCAUCCCACGGUGAACAAGGUGUAUUUAGUUAGUCCCUGCCUUCGUGGAGCCCACAGUCCACCGGGGAUGACAGAAAAUAAACUUUUCAGGUAAAAUAUGGCUAAAAGCUUACGGAGUAAGUGGAAAAGGAAGAUGCGUGCAGAAAAGAGAAAAAAGAAUGCCCCGAAGGAACUCAGCAGACUUAAAAGUAUUCUUAAAGUAGAUAGUGAUGUUUUAAUGAAAGAUGUUCAAGAGAUAGCAACCGUGGUGGUACCCAGACAUUGUCAGGAGAAAACUCAAUGUGUGGUACAAGAUGAAAAAGAUGACAUGAAAAUGGAGACUGAAAUUAAGAGAAACAAGAAGAGUCUUCUAGACCAGCAUGGACAGUACCCCGUAUGGAUGAACCAGAGACAGAGGAAAAGGCUGAAGGCAAAGCGAGAAAAAGGGAAGGGGAAAAGCAAAGUAAAGGCAGCAAAGGGUUUAGCCUGGUAGACUCUUAAAAACUUGAAAACUCCUACAUGGGACAGGCCUUUGGUUAGAAUGUGUACAUGGAUUUCAACUUCCACCAAACGAAAAUUUGGUUUCCAGGUUUCACUUGGCCUUGUUCUUCAAUUCAAACCCAACUUAACUCCUCAACUUUGUUUUGGGAGCUUGAAUAAAAUCUUUGAUGAAUGAAA